UGUUUAGUCUAAUAUUUUCUAUUUCACUUAAAAAUAGUUAGUAGUAUAUUGAAAAUUACGUUUUGUGCAAAAUGGCAGAAUCCUCAAACAUAAUAUGUGCAUGCUGCUUGGAGAUAUUUGGUAAAAGAUCUGAAAAAGUGUUAAAAAUCACUCCAGGGAUUGAAAGACAUAUUCAAAACUUUUUAUGGAAAGAAUAUGAUGCGGAAAAAGAAUGUUGUUCCAAGUAUAUAUGUUCAUCAUGUGUAACAAACCUUUAUGCUUUACACAGAGGAGAAACACAAAAAAUCGGGUUGUGGAAAGCUAAAAUAUCACAGAUUGAUCGACAAAAGUUAAAAAGAGCAUCAAAUAUUAAACAAAAGGCAGUAGAACUUGUUCCAGUCAAUGAUGGAAACACAGAAUAUCCUAUCAAACUGCAUAAAAUAUGUGUUUUAGUUACUGGAAGAGGAUUAUCUCAUUUGUGCUACAAAAGCCAAGCUGUUAAAAAUCUCAUUAGCCAUUCAGAAGCUCUUGGACAUGUAUGUAGUGAACAAAUAGCAUCAGGACUCCUCAAAAAUAAAAUGACGAUAAAAAAUAUUGAACGAGGUCAAAAUUUCUGCCUUAAGACUUUCGGUAAUACAUUAAAUGUUGUUGUUGGAAUACCAGAUACAAAAUCUAAAAGAAUAUCACUUAAAAAGUUAUCCUUUGAUGUUAUAAUGGAACUCUCAAACACUUUGAGCUUGUCCCAAAAAAAAACAAAGAUUCUUUGUACUAACUUACGUGAAAACCUAGGUAAAAACAUGGUUGAUACCAAUAUUACGCUUCAAAUGGAAGGAUUACAUGAUUCUUUGUCAGAGUUUUAUGAUGUUGUUAAAGAAACAUUUAUAUCAGGAGAUGAAAAGUUAACUCGUAGCCUAGUGUUUGUUAAAAAUACAUCAGAUCUUAUUCUUCACACAAUGAAGAGAGAGGCUUAGAUCCUUAUUCCAGUAUAGCAAGAAUUUCAGAUGAUUCAGGACAGGGAUUUCUGAAAUGUGUUUUGAAUGUUUUUGAUCUUUUAGUCAAGCAUUCAAGCUCAAAAAAGCUUGAUGAUGCUGGAGUAAAACGAUCAAUAAUUUUGUCUUUAGUAGAGGAUGUUUCUGAACACAAUGGAAACCUUAAUUUACUUUUAGCUCCACUGCGGUUGGAAGAUGUUAAAUAUUCAGUUGCAUUUGAUCUUAAAUGCGGAAAUUCUUUAUUUGGUCUAAGUAGCCACAGUGGCAAAUUUUCAUGUCUUUGGCGCGAGGGUGAAUGCUUACUUGAAAGUGGUGUAAAAAAAACGUUUGGAUUCAUAGACAUCAACUACAAGAAGUUUGUUGCUGAUGGUUGCAGACAUAAGAAAAUGAAAGAGUUCAAAAACUGUGUUUCUCCAAGAAUUCUUUAUCUUGAUGAGCCUUCAGAAACAUUGGUUGAACAUAGCAUCCCACCUCCAGAGCUGGAACACAGCUAAAAAAAGUGUUGUAGAAUUUGGAAAAAAUAAUUUAAAAUAAUACUUUA